AUGGUCUAUCUGCUCAGCAAGGCUUUAGCUUCCCAAAGUGCCAACACCAAGCUCCUAACGGCACUCGAGACGAACUCCGAGACUCUCGACCGAAUAUCGACGGAAUUCUACCAGACACUCGACACAUACAGAAAUCUGCGCAUUGCUUCCUUUGCUGAGGAAAAACAGGUUCGCUUCGGUAUGCUUGGUAUGCAGAUUGUGAGACCGGAUUCAGCCAAGAUUGGCCAUGCCCGUGAGGCAUGGGGCAGCAUAUCCAAGGAUCACCGCAACAUGACGACGUAUUCAAGUUUACGAGAUGAUGGCUUUGUGAAAGUGAGCCGGAAGAUCAGGGAAUGGGUGCACGUUGUUGAGACGCCAACGUCCUCCACUGGACGUGAAAUCUACGAAGAAUGUCUAAACAGUUUGAACGACUCCGUGGCGAGGUUCCGUGUGCAAGAUGUCUAUCCAGUCCGCCACAAGAAUAAAGACUCUUUCGAGUGGCUCUUUUCUAACCAGGUGCCUUUCACUCGGUGGCUAUCCGAUGAUGGAGGAAAGUACGACGCGAUCUUCUGGAUAACUGGAAAGCCAGGUUCGGGAAAGUCUACAUUGAUGCGAUUCGCUUUGGAAGACAGUCGAACCAUGUCGCUGCAGCGGUCGAAAUCCAAACACUAUCCAAUGGCCUACUUUUUCCAUCUUCGUGGGAAGUCACUAGUUCAAAAAAGCCUCCGCGGAAUGUUGAUGGAGCUUCUCUACCAGAUCCUGCAGCAAUAUCCUCGGAGCUUCGAGCUGAUCAGCCCGAUAUUCCUGAAUCUCAAGAGACUUAACCAAAGUUGGGACAUUCAAAGCCUAUCCCAGGCCAUCUUACAUAUACCCCACAUACCACCAGCUGUAUCUGGUCGCAGAGAUCGCAUCACUCUCUUCAUCGAUGCUCUGGAUGAAAAUCAGAAACAGGACGACAACAAUACUCUUCUGGAUAUAUUCGAUAGUUUGAUCAGAACUUACAGGAGUGUCAGGGACAAGCCGGAUGCACCAGUGUUGAAGAUAUGCCUGGCAAGCCGGCCGUGGCCAAUAUUCCAGAAAAGGCUUGGAGACGAGCUUCGCGUACCUUCAUUCGCCAUCCACAACUAUACGGCCGAGGAUAUUCAGCAGUACACGGAAUCUCGCCUUUUCACAAGCAAGGAAAUGCUCGAGGUAUUCAAUGAGAGGCAAAGUGCCAUUUGGAAACUGUCCGCAGACAUUGCGUCAAGAGCCAAGGGCGUCUUUAUCUGGGUGAGGGUAGUGGUGGACGACCUCAGUCAGGAAGCCGUGGAUGGAACUUCGACCGAUUCGCUGCAGAAGAUCCUUCAGAAAUAUCCCGAGGAACUCGACAAAAUGUACAAGUUGACUUUGAAGAGAGUUCGUGGAACGUAUCGACCCGAGACAGUGAUCAUCUUCAAGACCAUGCUGGCCAGUCGCGUCGCGCUUACUGUCCUACAGCUCUACACUAUUACAAGAGUUUGCGUGGGUACUCCGCCGUCCAAAAAUAUCCCAACCGAAUCUCAAGAUGUGAUCAGUUGGCUGGCUAGCAGAUCUGGCGGGUUGAUCAAUAUAGUGGACGCUGGCGCAGACAAGCAACUUGCUGAGGCAUCGGGAGGUGACUCAAAUUCGACCAGUAUAGAAUCGGCGGCAGGUUCCUCUACCUGGCUGAAUUUGCACGUGGAAUUUCUGCAUCAAACUGUUCAAGACUUUGUUCGAAACAGCCUAGACGAUGGCUUCGAGAUGGCACAGCCAAAGCCGGCAGUGGUCCAAGUGAGCGGGUCGCGGCUGCUAGCCUUUGCCUAUCUAGACAGUCACCCGCCACAUCGUCAUCUCCGGAACGUUGCCAAGGAUAUCUUCAGCUAUAUGCGGGAGGUGGAGCGCGAGGAGGACGAGGCAGAGAGCGGACAGAUCACGUUCUUGCCACAUUGGGCCGCCUACGAUCUCCACUACUUUCCAUUCAGAGUUCGAGACCCUACACAGGCCCUUUGUGUGGUCGAGAUAUGCAACACCGGCCGACAGGAAGACCACAACGAAUACCACACCACUGUCGUCAUGUCGGAAUACAUUCUAGAGGAAGCCCAGAAGGGCUUUUGCGAGAUUCUUGAGGGCAAGCUGCAGGAUACCUGGGGCAAAUACUUGACCGAGGACCAGCAGGACGAGGUCCUACAUACUGUGGCCGAGCUCGUGGCUGUCUACUUGGUGUCCCUGGAGCGACGCUGGUGCAUCGCGAACCCAGACAGGCUCUCCAUCCGGUUUCGCGGCCUCGUCGAAUCUAUCCUACAGGAUGCCUUCAGCAACGUUGGUGCUUUUGUCAUCGCCGACAACGUUGCCGACUUCUCUGCGGAUGUCUUCAACCAAAUCAAGCUCAUCAUCGAUGACCACUCCGAUACUGGCUCAGACAACGAAUCCGACAAUGGCGCCCACGCUUUCACUUUUGAGAGUGAGGAUGACGAGAAUGACCCUUUCGAUGCUGGAGGCGAUGAGGAGGCCAGCACUGGAACCAGUGCCAUGGCUGUCCGCCUCUGUUCCCCGGGCACCGACUCGGUGACCUUCGAGAGCGACCAAGAGAUGGACUCCGACACCAAUGAUGAGAACGAUCAGGAUGAAGCCGAGACUGGAGAUCCUAUCACCACUGAGGACGAGGUUGACAUGGACAAUGGCUUUCAUUUCUCCACCCCUGCCAGAUCGGAUGAGGGAGAUGAGAACAUGGCGGACUAUACCCUUACUGUCGAGGGCAUGGCAUACGCCACCCCUAUUCAAGAGAGCAUGGGCAACGACCCUCUCUUCUCUUCCGUGGCAGGAUCAGACAAGGGAGAUGAAGACAUGGCCGACAACACCCUCUUUGACGAGGAUAUGGAGGACAAUGACCUUUCCUAUAAGGACAUGGAAAACUACCCUCUUUUCUCUUCCCCGUGCCGAUCAGACCAGAGAGAUGAGGACAUGGCCAAUGACACCCCUACCGCUUCCUCGGCAGGAUUGGAAGAUGAGGUCGAGGACAAUGAUGCUGCCGAUUCCGAAGGCGGCGACGAGAUGGAUGUCUCUUCCGCAGCUCUCCACGCCAUGGAAUUCGCCAGUGGACACAAGGGAUACGAGGGGCGAUACGACGAGGGAUACGACGCCCACCAGGCCCAGGGCUCGGCCACGGAGAAGGGCAAGAGCCCCCAGAAGGGACCACGGGGCAAGAUUGACCCCCUCAACAACGACCUCUACUCCGCGAUCAUGGACGACGACGACAACACCACGUGGCCCCCGAAGUUCUACAAGUGCAAGCUUAAGGGCUGCGGGUUCCAGGGCGCGUGGAAUGCCAAGCAGGCCCACUUUGAGAUCAAGCACGCGGAGGAGUGGAAGAGGGCCACGGGCUGUGAGGCUAAGGUCCACGAAUGCCCCGUGGAUGACUGCGACUACACUACGCCCCGAUACAACUACAUCGCCCGCCACCUGAAGAGCAAGCACCCCGAAUACGAAGCAGCACACGGCAAGAAGGGCAAGAAGAGCAAGGAGUGA